AGCCAUAACAGUUUUACACUCCGCGGAGUUAGUGCUUGUUUGUUGUUCAUUUCACCGAAGUGCUUAGCUGUUUAGUAGUUCAAUAUGGAAGAGUCCAGCAUGCGGAGUUUGAUAGACAUGUUUGAGUCCCGAGUGAAGGCGAAUCUUGCUGGUGUUGAUGGGGAAAACGUGAUAGAUGCAACGAAUUUGGGAAGCGAGUUCGAGGCAGUCGUAGCGAGCCAGCACCCCGCGGCCGAGCUCGAAGCUCUGAUCGAGCGGCUGGAGCGAGUGACGUCACGGCUGGAGCGCCUGCCCGUGCUCGCCGAGCGCGCCCCCUCGCCCCGCACCCCGCCCCCGCACCCUCCCCAAGAGGCAGAACAGCUGAUCUUAGAGACUGACAACAUGAGUGUCAACGGGUAUCAGGAUAUUGUGCAGGGUCCGCUGCAGGCGUACCUGGAGCUGUCGAAGCAGAUCGGCGGCGACGUGGCCGCGCACGCCGCGCUCGUCAACUCCGCCUUCCAGGCGCAACUCCGCUACAUCCAACUGGCGACGCAGCGCAGCAAGCCGUCCCAGAACGAGGAAGUCUCGCUGCUCGCGCCCACCAGCGACCAGAUCUCCUCCAUCCAGCAGUUCCGCGAGAAGAACCGCACCUCGCCCUACUUCAACCACCUCUCAGCCAUCUCUGAGAGCAUCCCCGCACUUGGAUGGGUGGCGGUGUCCCCCACGCCCGCACCGUAUGUCAAAGAGAUGAAUGAUGCCGGCCAGUUCUACACCAACCGCGUGUUGAAGGAGUGGAAGGAGAAGGACAAGCGCCACGCGGAGUGGUGCCGCGCCUGGGUGCAGCUGCUGGCUGAGCUACAGGCGUAUGUCAAGCAGAACCAUACGACAGGGCUUGUGUGGUCCGGCCGCGGCUCCGGCGGCGCGCCCCCGCCCCCGCCCGGCGGCAUGCCCCCGCCGCCCCCCGCGCUGCCCGAGGUGGACUUCUCCAACAUGAGCGUGGACGACCGCAGCGCGCUCUUCGCCGAGAUCAACCAGGGCGAGGCUAUCACUAGCAGCCUGAAGAAGGUGACAUCAGACAUGCAGACGCACAAGAACCCGCAGCUGCGGCAGGGCCCCGCUCCGUUCAAGGCGGCCGGCAAAGCGCCCGGGAAGCCGCUGCCGGCACCCGGCGCGGGCGGCGUGGACAAGCCGCCUGUGUUCAUGCGGGACGGGAAGAAGUGGCUUAUUGAGUACCAGAAGGGCGCGAGCAACCUGGUGGUGGAGAACCCGGACAUGAACAACGUGGUGUACAUGUUCCGCUGCCGGGACUCCGCCGUCACCGUCAAGGGGAAGGUUAACGGCGUGGUGCUGGACUCGUGCACCAAGUGCGCGGUGGUGUUCGACAACCUCGUCUCCGGCGUCGAGUUCGUCAACUGCCAGUCCGUGCAGAUGCAGGUGCUGGGCAAGGUGCCGACGAUCUCGAUCGACAAGACGGACGGCUGCCAGGUGUACCUGUCCCCCGAGUCGCUGGACGUGGAGAUCGUCAGCUCCAAGUCCUCCGAGAUGAACGUGCUCAUACCGAAGGGGAACGGCGAUUAUUCGGAGCACCCGAUCCCGGAGCAGUUCAAGACGGUGCUGAGCAAGCCGGCCGGGCUCGUCACCACGCCCGUCGAGAGCAAGGGCUAGACCCCCCCCCCCCCCGCCCGGGACCCUGUCCACUA